AUCAGUACGCUGAUCCAAACACAAGUUGAUUAAUAAUGCUUACGCUAACAUAACGUUUAACGUUAAUUUAAUUCACCAUCUAAUUCAGAAGUGCGAAGCUCUCCGUUGAAAGCGCUAAAAUUUCGACAAGAGAAAUGUCGGUCUUACAUUUUUUUCUAUUUUUAUACCUGCAAGAAUAUGUAUUGAGUUUAAGCUCUGAGAAGGAAGUACAUGCUUUGGUUUUAGCCCGAGGUGGCUCCAAAGGUAUACUAAAUAAAAAUCUAAAAGAGCUUGAAGGAAUCUCAUUACUAGCACGUACAAUAAAUGUAUUGAAUAGCUCAAAUUUAUUUCAACAUAUUUGGGUAUCGACGGAUAGCGAUUCUAUAGUGGAGGAAGCUACUAAAUUUGGUGCACUGGUGCACAAGAGAGACAAAAUCUAUGCACAAGAUAAUACUUCAUCCUUGGAAUCUGUUAAGGAAUUUUUACAAAAGCACGAUAACAUCAAUAGAUUUGGAUUAUUCCAAUGUACUUCCAUAUUUCUAAAAAAUCAAUAUAUAAAGGAAGCCUUAAAUCGAUUUAUGACAAAGGAUUGCGUUUUUGCCGUUACCAGAUCACAUAAAUUGCGUUGGCUAAUCCGAGAAGACGAAGCUGUAGUUCCUUUAAAUUUCAAUCCAACACACAGACCUCGCCGUCAAGAUUGGUCAGGAGAAUUGAUUGAAACAGGGAUGUUUUACUUUUCCACAAGGCACUUGGUGGAGGUAGAACAGAAAUUUCAAAAUGACAAGUGUGGUGUAGUGGAAAUCGAUGCUGCUGAAGCAAUGGAGAUCGACACUUACACUGAUCUUUUAGUUGCAGAAUGUCUUAUUCAAAACAAAACGAGUUGCAAAAUUUCUUAACUAAUACAAAAAUGUUUUGAGCAUUUUACACAAAAUAUGCAAUGAAUAAAUAAAAAGACAAAUCAGCUCAUUUGAGUACUAUAAAAUA